AAUGGUAUAAAAUAACUCUGAGGACUAAAAAAUAUCGGCUUUAGUCAACGGCUUUUGAAUACAGUACUGUCAUGGCGCUGAUGUGGACCAUCUUGAUCUGUUUCGUUGGAGGAGCACUAUCAAAGAGCGUACCUUUGUGCGGAACUCGUCCACACACCAGGAUAAUUGGAGGCCAGGCGGCUCAGCAUGGGGACUGGCCUUGGCAAGCAAUGUUUCGCUUAUACAUUAAAAACCGCUGGCGACAAUGGUGUGGGGGCUCAUUGAUUUCUCCUCAAUGGGUUCUAACAGCAGCGCAUUGUUCUUUUGUUUGGCAAAAAAAGAACAUAAGAGUAAGGUUGGGUGCUUAUAAACGCGAGGGUCACGUGAUGGGAACCGAACAAGAUUUUAAUGUUAGCCGUAUCAUCAACCAUGAAUCAUUCGGGUCACCCGCGAGUUUCGCUCACGAUAUCGCUCUUCUCAAGCUAGACAGGCCAGCAAUAUUGAACAGAUAUGUCCACCCCGUGUGUCUUCCCUGGAACAUCCCAGAAGUACGUCCCGGAAAWACGUGCUACAUCACAGGAUGGGGUGAUACGAGUUUUGCGGGACCAGACGCUGAUGUUCUUCGCCAGGCACAAGUGCCCAUUGUCAAUCAAACUACAUGUGAAAAGUCAUAUCCUAAUAAAACUCAUGGAUCUAUGAUUUGUGCCGGACUCAAGCAAGGGGGAAUUGAUACUUGUCAUGGUGAUUCUGGUGGACCAAUGGAGGUCAGGCAGCACAGCAUGGUGAUUGGCCGUGGCAGGCGAUGCUUCUUGCCCGACGUGGUAAACGAUGGGGACAGUUCUGUGGUUGUUACAGCUUCACAUUGUGUCGAUAAAAAGAAAGCCAAUCAGAUUCAAGUGAGACUUGGUGCUCACAAGCGUAACGGACUCGUAGGUACAGAACAGGACUUCAAAGUCAGCAAGAUUAUUAUGCACGAGUUGUAUGGAUCACCUAUUUCCUACAGUCAUGACAUCGCGUUAUUGAAGCUUGACAAACCAGCAAUUUUCACCACACAUAUUCACCCCGUCUGCCUACCGGCAUCCAUCUCAGAUGUUGCACCGGGAAGCAACUGCUACAUCACUGGAUGGGGAACAACAAGCUCUGGUGGAGCUGCUCCUGAUGUCCUCCAUCAAGCCACAGUACCCAUUGUUAGCCAGGCAGAGUGUCUACGAUCCUAUCCAAAUGAAAUCCAUGACUCGAUGAUUUGUGCUGGACUUCAAGAAGGAGGAGUUGAUGCUUGUCAAGGUGAUUCUGGUGGACCAAUGGUGUGUGAGAAUGGAGGCAGAUUCUACCUUCACGGUGCCACCAGAUGGGGAUACGGAUGUGCUUUUCCUGACAAGUACGGCGUCUACGCACGCGUCAAGUACCUUCACUCAUGGAUCCAGAAAAAAAUGGCCAACAACUAAUUAAACUCAUUAUUCAAUGAACUUCAUCGUAUAUUCUAAGACAAACUAUUGGUAGCUAAACAUGCUUAUUGUCUGUGUUAACAUGGAGCAAUAAAGAUAGCAAUCUAAUCUCA